AUGAGCGCGGGCGACGCCGUGUGCACGGGCUGGCUCGUCAAGUCGCCCCCCGAGAGGAAGCUGCAGCGCUACGCCUGGCGCAGGCGCUGGUUCGUGCUGCGGCGGGGCCGCCUGAGCGGCGACCGCGACGUCCUGGAGUACUACCGCAGCCAGCGCGCCCGCAAGCCCAUCCGCGCCAUCGACCUCAGCGAGUGCGCCGUCUGGAAGCACGCGGGCCCGGGCUUCGUUCGGAAGGAGUUCCAGAACCAUUUCGUGUUCAUUGUCAAGACUGCAUCUCGCACCUUCUAUCUGGUGGCCAAGACGGAGGAGGAAAUGCAGGUGUGGGUGCACAGCAUCACUCAGGUCUGCAACUUCGGCCACCUGGAUGACAGCGCAGAUUCUGUGGCGAGCGGCUCUCGUGCACCUCUCUGCGCGCAGCCCUCCGCCGCCAGCUCCCUUCGCACCGCCCCUGCUGUCAGCUCCCUGCCAAGAGAUGACCCGAGCACUAGUACUGUAGCCACUGAGGGAACCGGAAGUGAGUCAGAGUUUCCCUUCCUUCCUGAUUACCUGAUUCUAUCCAACUGCGAGACGGGAAGAGUGCACCACGCCAGUCUCCCCACCAGAUGUGACAGCUGGUCAAACUCGGAGCGCUCACUGGAACAGGCAUCCUUCGACGACGUUUUUGUGGAUGGCCCGCAGCCACUGCCCUCCGGGAACCUGGUCUGCCCCUCACGCCCUGGGAACAGUUCUCAGGAGGCCCCUUCCAUGAGGCCCCAGGCUGCCCUGAUCUGGACGAGAGAUGUCAGUGGCCUGUCCAGGGACCACUUUUCUUUACCAGUGCUGGAAACUUCCUUAAACUCCACUGUCCAGGUAGAUCAAAACCAAGCUUCCUUGCCCUACGGGGUAAAAGAAGUCGAUGUUACGUCCAACACGCCACCUCCCCGCCCCCCUAAGCCAAGCCAUCUCUUUGAGCGGUGCCACGAGGAGCGGCUCCUGUGCGGCGGGCCCAGUAGCGUCAAGAAGCCAGAAGGCACUGUGGCACCGAGAAGAAUCUCUCUCUCCGCUUUAGAUAACAUGAGAACCUGGAAAGGUGAUGUAGAAGGCCAAUCUUUAAGACACCGAGAUAAGCGGCUAAGUUUAAAUUUGCCAUGCAGGUUCUUCCCGACGUCCCCUCCGGCUUCCACCAGCACUGAGGACAGCUACGUGCCCAUGAGACCCCAGGCCGCCGCUUCUGCUCUCGGACCCCACUGCAGCCCUGAUGACUACAUCCCAAUGAGCUCAGGAAGCAUCACCAGCCCAUUGCCCGAGCUCCCGGCGCACCUGGAGCCCCCCCCUGUGAAUAGAGAUCUCAAGCCUCAGAGGAAACCACGGUCACCUCCCCUGGACCUGAAACGCCUCUGCACCAUCCGGGAACACACGUGUCUCACCAGGACCCGCACUGCGCCUUGCAAUCGAACCAGCUUUCUCUCUCCGGAAAGAAAUGGUAUUAAUUCUGCAAGAUUUUUUGCCAAUUCUGUUUCCAGAGAAGAGGAACAAAGCUACAUGCAAAUGGAGGAGCACAGAAAAGCCAGCUUGCUCAGCAGUGGAGCUCUGACGUGGACGAGGAAAUUCAGCCUGGACUAUUUAGCCCUGGACUUCAACUCGGCGUCACCAGCCCCUGUGCAGCAGAAACUUCUCUUUUCGGAGGAGCAAAGAGUGGACUACGUACAAGUGGACGAGCGCAAGACGCAAGCCCUCCGGAGCACAAAGCAGGAGUGGACGGACGAGAGGCAGGUCCAGAGCGUGACGGGGCUGCGCUGCGGCCGCGGCCCUGCGGGACGCCGGCCCUUGUCACCGGCCACACUUGCCCCCGCCGAGCCUCAGGCCAGCGGACUGGGAUGUAGGAAACCCCAUCCGGGCCCGGUAGGCACAAUCAAAGCAAAAGUGGCGUUAGAAAUCUUCUCCGGUGGAGCCUUUGACGUGCGGACUGGAGCCAACAGGAUGACAUCUUUUGACUCCGACGCCUGA